CAUUUCUUAGUACUAGAAUUCCGUUAUUAGAGCGGUCCAGACUUUGCAUUGACGACAAGAAACUAAGAGCAUCCAGCUUUCUAAAUCGAAGAACCAAAAAACCAAAAUGCAAAAGAUUAUUCAAUUAAGCUGCAUUGUUUUGCUGUGCAGUAUUGGAAGCUGUUUUGCCGUAAGCUGUACCCACACUGCAAACUGCACUGUUAAUACUGGAGAGGUCUGUAAUGUUCAAGGAGCUUGUACAACUGGGACAUGCGAGUGCCCCACAGGAGAAGUGGUCUUUAAUUCUAGCUGCAUAACACCCGUGGCACAUGCAGGAGCUUGUCUGACUUCGGGAGGGAGUACCAACUGUAAAACUACUGGUGCUACCUGUACCAAUGGUACCUGCCAAUGCACUGGAGCAGGACAGGCCUAUUUUUCUGUGUCUGAUGCAUGUGCCCUUUCAACUUAUGAGUCCCAAGCUACACUUGGUGGUGCCUGUAACGCAACUAAAAUCUGCACUGGAACUUAUCAGACAUGCACAAAUAACACUUGUGUAUGCUCACAGAGGGAGGUCAAUGGGGUAUGCAAAUAUAACAAGGUAAUAGGAAGCGCAUGCACACUCGACGCAGACUGCUCUGCAACCGCCUUUUUGUCUGUUUGCGUGAACAGCACGUGCCAAUGCCAAACAAACUACACCGCUCAAAAGGUCUACGGUUUUAAUGCACUCUUUCCCACAGCUACAAUCCAGAAUGAUUUGGGUGGAUUGGACAUGUGUGUAUACACUGGUUCCACAUCAAAGAACUCUGGGGAGUCUUGUCAAGUCUCUGGCGAUGGCACAACAACAUUGGACGUUUGCUCCUCUUCUGCCCCCUACUGUGUAAUGUGCGGUGACCAAUCCAUUAGCACCAAUAAACUUUUGGGAAAAUGCAGCACGGCUUCUUCAGUUUCUGAUACUGUCGGAGGAAAUGACGGAGGCAGUGGUGGCAGUGGAGCCGAGAUCAAAACUGCCAGCAUGUUGGUUGCAGCCUUAACUGCCCUCAUGUCAGUUGUCAUGGUUUAAAUAAAGAUGGCGCUGAUGGUUGGUCGAUGACUAAGAGAAAUCAAUGAUAUUAACUGCCUGUUAUGAUAGAUAUUUGGAACGGCAGAUUAUGAAAAAUGUCAUAUGACCUUUCCC